CUCGGGUUUUAAUGAUUUUUCAAAUAUGAAUAUUUUUAAAAACCUAAAUCAAAUUAUCGGAUGACUGGAUUAACCGAUUUGACCACAUGUUCUGGUUGAAUUUAAAAGUACUGAUUUAAAUGCAAAAAAUAUUUUAAAUACACAAAAUUCUUACAAAUUAACAAACUAUUUGUUAAAUUAUUAGUGCUUAAAAUAAUCCGCGCUUGCAAAGCGCGGGUCAAUAUCUAGUUUUGUAUAUUAUUAGAGUUGACACCUUAAUAAACAUAAUAAAUCUAUGGUUCUAAGUACAUUUUUAUUUAUUACAAAAAUAUGAUUUUGAAAAUAUAGAUUUAUUUCCAUUAUACACUACUGCAAAAGGAAAUAAUAAGUCAAAGUUGAUGUAGGUUACCAUCUGUAACGUGAUUGUUGGUACAGUGUAUUAUGCACCAUAUAUGAUUAGGAAUAGAAACAGGGACCAAACAAAAAAGGGAAAACAAAAAAUCACAAAUAAAAUUUUCAAUAUAAAAGCUAUAGCGUAUCAUGAAAAUUGAUUUGUUUUUAAACGUCUGUUAAGGUUUAUCUCUAGAAUAAACAAACUUUCGUCUUUAUCGAUGCUAGUUUGUGUGGUUAUAAAAACAUAAUCUACGACUUCAAGUUAAUAGUAUAUUAUCAUUCUAGUUUUGGUCUAACUUUUUAUAUAUUUGUAACAGAAUUGCUUAGAAAAUGAGCAUAGGAGAGAAAACCAGUGGUGGUUCAUCGUGGAGCAGGGAUGAUGAUAUUGCUUUUGAGAAAGCUCUAGCAAUUUAUGCCGACGAAACUGAGAAUCGCUGGGAAAAGAUUGCUGGAUUUGUUCAUGGAAAAACAUUGGAGCAAGUUUUAAAACGUUACGAGGUUUUACUUCGUGAUGUUAUGAUGAUUGAAUCAAGCUAUGUAUCUCUUCCUGAGUAUGAUUCUUCAGAAGGAACACAUGCCAAAGAUACAAACAUUUCGGAGUAUGGCAUCAUCAAUCGAACAUGUGAGUAUACGCAAGAAUGCAAACCAAAACCAAAGCAAAGACGACGUAAGGGGAUUGCGUGGACACCGGAUGAACACAGCCAGUUUCUUAUUGGUCUGGAAAAAUAUGGAAAAGGUGAUUGGCGUAGUAUUUCUCGUCACUUGGUAGUGACAAGAACACCGACUCAAGUCGCAAGUCAUGCUCAGAAAUACUUCUCGCGUCUUAACUCUAAGAACAAAAACAAAACGAGACAAAGAAUUCAUGACCGUGACGUCGGAAGCAGCAACACCUCAGCAAUGCAAAGUCCAAACACAUGGCAAAACACUCAAGCCACUUCGCAACCAUCACAAGACCAUCAUCCUACAUAUAGCACACCAACCCUAUGGAACACACAAGCUACUUUACAACAAUCACAAGACCAUCCUAUGUAUGGUACACCCACCAAAUGGAACAUGCAAGCCGCUUCGCAACCAUCGGUGAAUAUACCUAUCUAUGGCACCCACACCGUAAACCAAUCAAUGGUUGGACGUAUGGUCUCACCAUUCGGAAGUAACAUGAACCGCUUGGCUCCACCUCACAUUUUUUACGGAGUUCAACAUCAUUCAGCACCUUACUCCUCGGUUUCAAGAGCACCUUACUCCUCGGUUCCUAGUGCACCGUUUAACAUGGCAGCUUCGUACAACAUGACAUAUGCACCUACAUCUCGUUAGAUAGGUCUGAGCCUCUGUUUUAUAUGCUUGUUAAGGUGUAAAAUGGUAUAAAGAAACUUAAUAUUCAGUUUGACUUGUUAUUUCAAAUGAUUAAACAAGUUAUUUUCCCGUGUUUAUGCACGAAUAUAAAUAUUUACAAAUAAAUAUAUUAAAAAUUAAAAAUAUUAUAAUUGUAAUUUUAAUUAUUUUGUAAUUUAUGUAUAUAAUUUAUUUUAAAUAAUAUUAUAUUAUUUUAAGAGAAAUCUCUAGGAUAUCACUAUUUUCUUUUUUAAAUAUAGCAUACAAGGAUCACGAUGAUAAAAAUAUUUCAUUACAAAGUUAAAUAAACAAUUAUAUCCAUAGAGUAAACUAAUAUAAAAUGUUUAGAUUACGCGUUCAUUGCUUAUGUUCGUCAUCUGCUACUCGAGGGAGCGGUUGCUCAGAUGGGCUAUCUCCGGUAAAGUUCCUUGGUGGAAGCAAAACAAAGAAGUGUCGCCGCAAAUCUAGAGAAGAAGAAGAAAACAAGCAGAACCAUUGUACCAAAAUUUAGUAAAAAGAAGAAAAAAAAAAGUGGUACAUGUUACCCAUACAUUAAGCAUAAUUGAUAUAGUUAUUGACAUAAUUUGAUAAUUGAGAUCACGUUUUACGUAUAUUAUUUUACUAUAGUGUAUGUAGAGGUGGGAACCAAUUUUUUCAUAUAUUAUUUGAUAAUAUGUGUAGGUAGGAAUAGUUUUUUUAUAUAGGAUAUCCGUUUGAACUAGGCUCGGGUUUACUCGAAUUUCAAGUUUACGGGUAUAGAAAUUUUAUUCAUACUCGAGUAUUUAUUGUUUCAGAUUCGUUUGGAUCUCGCGGAUUCGGUUCGGAUCCGUACACCCAUUUAAAUUAUGCUAAACAAAUAAAAAUCUAAAUAUAUCUUAAUAAAAACUGAGACAGCAACGGAUUCUCCACUCCUGCGGAAAUAGAGUGAUUGCCAAAAUCCAAAAAUAAAAUAAUAUACAACAUAUAAAUGUGAAUAGUAUAUAACAAAAUGAAUAAAAUUAACAUUAAAUUGGUUCAGUUUGAUAUUUAGAUGGAGAAUUUUGAUAUUUAGAUGAAGAAUUGACAGAUGUUUCUGAUAUUUUGAAUAUUUGUAAACUAUUUUAGAGAUAAUUUUUAUACUUUUAGAUAGUUUUAAUAUUUUGGUUAGAUACUAAGCUUUUAAAAAUAAUUUUAUACAUAUAACAAUGAUUUAAGUAUUUUUGGAUGCCUAAAAUAUUUUGGUUCGAAUUGCGUUUGAUUAUUCAGAUAAUUUUUUUUAUAGAUCCAUUGUAUAUUUGUUAGCUUCACUUUGUUUUUCGAAAUAAGUUUCGGAUCGGUUUUUCGGAUCGAAAUAAAAAUAUUAGACCAUCUCCAUCGGUAGCUCCGAUAAAUGGGUUCUUACGAAAAACACAAAAAAAAAAAAUCAAAAAUGCAUUAAAAGAACAGAACAGGUGUCAAAUAUGGGACUUUAAGAAUCACUAAAACAUCCCAUACGUGGCCAUUUUGUAUUGGCUAUUGAUUAAAGUCAAAAGGGAAAAAAAGUUCCCAUCUCUCUCUCCUCUCUCUCUUCGUCCGUUCUUCUUUCUCUCUUCUUCUUACUCUUUUGGCCGAGAACAAUUAAAAGAGUUGAAGCUGUUCAUCGUGCUGCUGAUGGAAGCGCUUUUGAUAAAUGAUUUGUGAUACUCUGUUUUGGGAGUUGAUUCUAGUGAGGAAUGUGGAGUUAUGAUCGCGGUUGCUCUGUUUGAUAUGCACGAGUACGGAGAGAAGCGAAGUGAAGUGAAGAGAUUCAAGUGCGUUUCGAGUGGCAAGUACGAGGAAGUCUCAGCGAGCUUUGUUUUGUGUUAUCCUUUUUCAUCAUCGAGCUUUGUCUCGUGGAGUACGAGAUGCUGGAGUAUACUCCGUCUAAGCUAGCAGCCUCGGCGAUCUAUACUGCUCGGUGUACACUUAAUGGAUUUGUUGAGGAAUGGAACAAAACAUGUGAGUUUCACACAGGCUACAAGGAAGAAGAGCUACUGGCGUGCGCGAGGAAGAUGGUUGGUUUCCAUCAAAAGGCAGGAACAGGGAAGCUAACAGGAGUUCACAGGAAGUACAACACCUCAAAGUUCUCUUAUGCUACAAGAACUGAACCAGCUGGGUUUCUACGGGGCUGUUUGUUUCACCAUUUGUCAUCUCUAUCUACAUGAUUCAUUUGUAUGAUCUAUUUAGAUGAUUCAUUCAGAUUUUUGUGACUGUUUGUUUGUCCAUCCAAAUAACUCAUCUAGAUGAAUCAUCUAAAUGAAUCUUAUAAAUGAAUCUUAUGUUUGUUUCUUUA